GCAGUUACUCCUAUGUGAAAAUGUUGUCAUGGACAAGUUGAGGUCGAUGAUAGGCGCUAUCGUAGAACUCCUCUACCCACACAUCGGCGCUGUAGUCACAUCUACCGUGUUUACACACUACUUAACACGCGGACAGUACUCUCGCUACUAGUAUACAUCUGGCACUGAGUUCCUACAAUAUUGGAUUUCUCUACGAACAUUAUUUUGGAGGUUUUUUCAACUUACAUUUGGAUUUAUUUUUUAACUCAGCUGAUGUAUUUGUAUACAAACAUCCUUAUAAUCUAACAGCACAUCGUUACGGUACUUAACAACAACAUCGUUAACCUUUGACCUUCGUGAGUUGUGUACCUACCAGCAUCUGGGGUUCGCGGGACUACUUUAUACACCCGCGGCUUGAUACACCAGCUUGGACCUACAACCCCCUAGCCGCCGUGGAUUAUUUUAUAUGAACUGACCUUUAACCCUGCACAGGACCUACGACCUGAUACCACAGGAUUACAGAAGACCUUUCGCCCAUGGAUCUGACCUGCCUGCUAGUCUGGCAACAGGGCACCAGGCCUGUGUAAAUACGAGCAGUAAAAACAAAACAAAAACAAAAUUUCUAUUUCCUUGAGCGGAUAUCUCCCAAUCAACCACGACCCCAGUGUUUCUACAAAAACCUGACCCCCCUGAGUUCUACACCAGACCCCGACUCACCCCCACGGUGCUGACCCCCCUCGGCGAAAGCCCGGCGUCCACAGCGGCGACCACGUGACCACCCCCCACCGGCAUCACGUACUACACAAACAGCGGCAUGAGCAUGGCUAUGGCGGCCGAGCAGCACCACUCGUCCGCCUGGUUCGGCCACCCGGGCGACUCGUCCAGGAUGGGCGGGUUCGAGCCCCCGGCGCCCUCCAUGUUCCCCCCUGAGGAUAUAAGUGACUUCUUCCCGCCCUCGCUGGACAACAACAACAGCCACGUCAUGUCCGGUUACUACUCGUCCCCGGCCCGGGCCAUGCACGGAUACAGGCCAUCUCACGUCAGCGGCGGCUCCCAGAUGUGUCGACCCCACUUCCACGGCCACCUCCACCCCUGGAUCCCCGACACCUCCAAGUCCAUGGUCCCACACGCGCACUCCGGCUGGAUGGGCCCGACCUUCGCCUCCAAGUCCAUCUCCCACCCCGGGGGACACUCGUCCCUCCCCGUCCACCCGGCCUCCUCGGCCAUCGUGACGUCAUCGCUGGUCUCCUUCCCGCCGACCCCGCCCAAAGACGUCACCCCGGAGACCAACAACAACAAUAACAACAACAACAACAGCACGUUGCCUGGCAACAACAGCAUCAGCAGCAGCAUCGCCACCGCUGGCACGAACAGCAGCACCAUCACGAACAAUACCAACAUCGGGAUCGGAUCCCAGUCAGAAGGGUACAGCUCCAGCGAGUACAAGUCCUCGCUCAAGCUCGAGUCGUCCGGGCCCGAGGGUCUGGCCAGUUUUUUGGGAUCCCAUCACCACGGGUCGGGCCACACCGCCCACCCCGUGCCCACCUACCCGUCGUACAUGGGGGCGGAACACUACCCCAGCGGCCCCCUGGGUUACCACGCCCCGAGUGUGUACAAGUCAGCCUCAUCCUCAUCGUCGUCUUUAUCAUCUCGGCCAAGGGCAAAGACAAGGUCAAGCACAGAAGGUCGCGAGUGCGUCAACUGCGGGGCGACCUCGACACCCCUCUGGCGGAGAGAUGGGACAGGCCACUACCUCUGUAACGCCUGUGGAUUGUACCAUAAGAUGAACGGCUCCAACAGGCCGCUCAUCAAACCCAAACGGCGACUGAGCGCUGCCCGCCGUGCGGGUACAACCUGCGCCAACUGUGGGACGGGCACCACCACCCUGUGGAGACGAAACCCCAACGGUGACCCGGUGUGUAAUGCCUGCGGACUUUAUUACAAAUUACAUAAUGUUAACCGGCCGCUGACCAUGAAAAAAGAUGGCAUCCAAACCCGUAACCGGAAGAUGUCCACCAAGAGCAAGAAGGGCAAGAAGGGCAUGGUGGCCAUGUCCGACUUCCUGCGGGACACCAAGCCCUUCAGCGGGUUCGGCGCCCCCUCCUUCAGCCCCUCCAUGCACUCUAUGAACCCCUACAUGACCUCGAUGGGCGCCCAGGGCUUGGGCGGCGGCUACCACCACUCUCAGAUGUCGGCAGGUCUCGGCGGUGGAUUGGGCGGUGGAUUAGGUGGUGGAUUCUCGAACAACUUCCCAGGGUCUCUCCAGUCUCCGUCGUUCCCCUCCUCUCUCCAGUCGCCAUCUUUCCCCUCCUCCCUGCAGUCGCCAUCUUUCGGCUCCUCCUACGGCACCAUCCCCAGCAUCCCCUCCAGCGGCCUGAACCUCUCGACCAGCAAUAUGGUGGGGGCCAUGGCUUGACAUUACACGUACCGCGAGCCAUCCGCCUGAUGAACGGUUCCGGUAUCAAGUUCCAGACCUCGAUGCUGUGCUGAGCACAGUUCUAUUUGUACAUUAGAAGACACCCCUACGACACACGAUCAUUCUGGGCUAGUUUUCUGAACAACUAGCCAGUCGACCCGUACAUGAACGGGUAAACGGUUUUCUGAACAACUAGCCAGUCGACUCGUACAUGAAUGGGUAAAAGUUUUUCUGAACGACUAGCAAGUCGACCCGUACAUAAACGGGCAAACGGUUUUCUGAAUGAAUAGCCAGUCGACCCGUACAUAAACGGGCAAACGGUUUUCUGAACAACUAGCCAGUCGACUCGUACAUGAAUGGGUAAAAGUUUUUCUGAACGACUAGCAAGUCGACCCGUACAUAAACGGGCAAACGGUUUUCUGAAUGAAUAGCCAGUCACCCAUACUACAUGAACAAGUAAAAGAUUUUCUGAACGACUAGCAAGUCGACCCGUACAUAAAAUGGGCAAACGGUUUUCUGAAGGAAUAGCCAGUCGAACCGUAAUUAAAAGGGUUUACGCCCAACAUUCAACUGAUCAAGUUUUAUCAUACCCUAACUUUGGAUUUUAAAGUAACAAUUUCUUUAAAAUUCGACAAAAAUGUGCUCGUUUUCAGCGGGUCUAACGUUCGCGUGUGAAGCCACUCUCAACUCAAGUGCACCUAUUACAACACGAUUGCUACGUCAUUGACGUCAAAACUUCUCUACAGCCAAUGGGAAGUGCUGUUACGAAAACACUCAUAACACUUUGAUGGACUUAGCUCUUAAGCAAUGUUUGAUUGGUGAUUAUUGUAAGAAGGAAAACGUUAAUUUACAAUGUUUUUUUAACUUCCUAUGUAUAUUAAGACAACAUUGGAACUGUCAAAAAUUAUUUUUAAAGGUGGUGACUUUGAUAGCGAUAUGCGCACGAGUGGUGACAAAUUAAUGCAGUGAUGUGAAUAUUUUGAGGAGGAUGUACAUAUGCACAAGUUCGACGUGUACGCUAUUUUGGUAUACACAUCUUUCACUCAUAAAUUUAUCAUAAUACCUGAUUGAUUCUCGAUACAGAAAUUACGAGUCUCGAAUUAAAGUGUCUAGAGUCUCGAAUCAAUGAGUUUCAAUACUCGAACUAUGGAGUUUUCUGACCCAACCACUCGUCAGAGACUUACACAUUAAGAAAGAUACAACAUGGUUUUAUUUUCGCAUUUUUUUUAAAAAUUAAUUGUUUGCCAUCUCGUCACAAAGCGCCAUGUGUCGGUCUGUUCGUUCAAAGCUUAAGUCUGUUCGCUGAUGGUUCUUGGUGACGUGAAUGUGAGUUCUUUGCGCAUGCCCGUCCCUUGUACCUCACACUAGCUGUGUGCGCGCGCGUGUGGAUCACGUGUGUGCGUCAUCUGUGAGUCUGUGUUCGUGUGUGUGUGCGAGAGUCAGUGUGACUCGUGAAUUCAACACAAGGUAGUUCUGACUCUUGAACGAGUCGAUUACAAAUUACGGGCAACCAUUUUUUUUUCGGUGUUAAUAAUGACGUCAUUUUUAUUGUUACGUCAUGAUUUUUUUUUAAAGUCAUGUUCAUUUUGUGAUGGUAAUUUGAAAGAUACGAACGCUAAACUCCGUCAUAUUGUUCAUUAUUUUUACACACAGUAUAUUUUUAUAUCAUUGUACCAACAAAUGACAAUUGGGCAACACUAUUCGACGACUCAUCGACCGUUAGUAGACAUCAUCGACCACAAAUAAAACGCUUGGCCAUAUCAUUCGACCAUCCAUUGACCGAAGGCCAUACAUGCUGGCCACGAAUAGACCAUGAUAAG